UCAAGUACAUCUUUAUCUACAUAUACUGUAGUUAAACUUCUGCUGAGGCCUUCCGAUUCCCAAAGUCCAGUGGGACUUGGGGACACAAAGGAGACGCCUUUCUGCAAUGUGACAGAAGACAUUUCUAUCUCUGACGCCAGAAAAGUGUUUUACAGGAUCAGCCCGGAGAACUCCAUCCUGGAGAUCCAGCUGGGAAAGCUGCCCACCUGGCUACCAGUGUGCUAUGAGAGGUGGAACUCUUCACUGGGAACGCUGGUCUGCAGACAGCUUGGUUAUCUGAGACUGACCAAGCAUAAAGGAGUGAAUCUAACUGAUAUCGGGCCAAACCAUACUGACGGCUUUAUACAAAUUACCUCAGAACACAAGAGCAAUCUCGAAAAUAUGUGGCAAUUCAGGGGGAACUGUAUCACAGGGAAGGUUAUCGCUUUGCAAUGUUUUGAGUGUGGGACACGAGCAAAGCUGCCCAGGAUAAUCGGGGGAGUGGAGGCCACGCCGGGCAGGUGGCCUUGGCAGGUCAGCCUCUACUACAGCAACCGUCACACCUGCGGAGGCUCUAUCAUCACCAGUCAAUGGGUAGUCACAGCUGCCCAUUGUGUUCACAACUACAGGCAACCUCAGGUAUCCAGCUGGGUGGUCUACGCCGGUAUUGUCACCCGCACCUCGGCUAAAAUGGCUCAGCACACAGGAUACGCUGUGGAGAAGAUCCUAUACAACAAGAACUAUAACCACAGGAGCCACGACAGUGAUAUAGCCCUGAUGAAACUGCGGACCCCGCUGAAUUUCUCAGAUACAAUUAGGCCCGUCUGCUUGCCUCAGUACGACUAUGAUCUUCCAGGAGGUACACAGUGCUGGAUCUCUGGAUGGGGAUACACACAGCCUGAUGGUGUGCACUCACCUGACACCCUGAAAGAGGCGCCAGUUCCCAUAAUAAGCACAAAGAAGUGUAACAGCUCCUGCAUGUACAAUGGAGAGAUCACGCCACGGAUGCUUUGUGCCGGAUACACAGAGGGAAAAGUGGAUGCCUGUCAGGGGGACAGUGGGGGUCCUUUGGUUUGCCAGGAUGAAAAUGUGUGGAGGCUGGUGGGGGUUGUCAGCUGGGGGACAGGCUGUGCUGAGCCCAACCAUCCUGGAGUUUACACCAAAGUGGCUGAAUUCUUGGGAUGGAUCUACGACAUGAUUGAAACAGAGUUUUCUUAGAAAUUCUGUGGUACAAAGUAUUCAUACAGUACAGAGAGUUACUGAGGAGGGCUCAUGAUGCCCAACAACAAGCAGAGGAUGCUAAGUUACUGAUAUUUCUGUUUCAGACAUUUGAAAAUCCUAUUUGAUAUUUUUUAUUUUAAAUGUCCGUUAUAUAAUGUACACAUAA